UAAUGAAAAGAGGUUUACAACAAUACUUCUUCUCAAAAUAGAGAAUGGAAAUAUUUUUUUUAAAAGAUUGUGUACAAGGAUUUCAAGGAGAAGUACGCAUUGUAAAACCUGGAUUUUUUGAGAAAAAUCUCUUUCCAAUGGCCUUAGCAUAUUAGAAUCUGCCAGGAUAUAGAAGAAGGUACUAAGAGUUGAAAUUUCAAUUAUAGAUUAUUACCCAAUCUUGAUGAAGAGAAGUUAGAAAAUAAAAUUUAAAGAAGAAAGGAUAUUAAGUUGUUUUAACAAAAAAUUGCAGGAAUCCAUUUAGAAUUUGUUAGACCUCCUAAAUUUUCAAAUCCAAACCUUCUUAAAGAUCCUAUAGAUGACAAAUUAAUUAUUGAGGAAGUUUAAUAAAGAUUCAAAUUACAAGUAUAAUUUAUGCAUAUUUACUAUAGGUUACCAAAAAUCAUUUGUUGUCUAUGUUUAACAAAAUUACUACAUAUGGAUAAUUUACAUUAUAAAUUGAAAACUUCUACAGUCCAGAAUUAUAAGAUUAUACAACAUUUCAAAUUACAGUAGUGACCAAAAAGCCUAUUAUGAAAGUCUAAAAGUUGAUUGAUGAAGUGGCCACAAAGGAUGAAUAAAAUAAAGAUGAAAAUAAAGAAAAGUAGGAUUAAAAAGUUGUAAAAUAAGGAAAAGAAAAAGAAAAAGAAAAGGAAACCUAAAAAUGAA